CUAUACUUCGCUUCAUUUAUUUUCCUACGGGCAGAAUCGGAUAUCCUCGGUGCGUUGGCAGUUGUCAUUGCAAAGCGAAACCAGAAAGAAGCAAGAAUGGCAGAUACUGGAAAAGACUACAUUAGUAACAGUGCUGAUCCUAAAAAUAUUCAGGAUCUUACAUCGUUUGUGCAGAACUUAUUACAGCAAAUGCAGGACAAAUUCCAGAACAUGUCUGACCAGAUCAUCACAAGAAUUGAUGAAAUGGGGAACCGCAUAGAUGACCUUGAAAAGAACAUUGCUGAUCUGAUGACCCAGGCUGGAGUCGACGAUAGGGCAUAGAGGUCGUUGCUGUGGAAAUACACAUCAGGAAAUUGUCAUGGCAACCAAUCUUCAUUCUUUAAGUGUCCAUCAUUGUUUUAGAAACAGAAUAGAUCUAGAUAGACAAAUUGAUUACAUUUUCUUAAUAUUUUUUUAUAUUAAAACUUUGUUUCAACAUGCUUUGUGACAUCAUGUUUUGUAUAAAAAAACAUGAAUUGAAUGUCUGAAAUAAAAUUGUGGUGGUUAUACUUUGAUAUGUAUAUCAACCUGUAUAUGAAGAUGGGUUUUGUUAUGUUUAUCAUCAAAAUUGACCAAACAUCAACCAGUAUUCUCACAGUUAGCUGCUGAUAUUUAUUAUUCACGUUUAAUAAUUCUGAAGUAGGUCUCAGUUGAUAUGUUCCAUGCGUAUGCUCAUUAAAUAUACAUCAGGUCAUAAUUGAAAACCUAUACUUGCUGACCUUCAUAACCAGAUGUUAAUUAAUGUUUUCAUAAGUGGCCAAAAACAACAUGUGACAUUUGAUGUUUUUUUGCUCUUACUCAGAAACUACAAGUUAAUUUCUCAGUAGGUAAACAAAUACAGCACAAUUUUCUUAUGUUCAUUACUGGGAAAUGUUGCAUCUUGUGCACAUGAGUAAAGCCUUUCACCAACAAAUAUCCGAUUGAUAUUUUUGCUGCUUCAUAAAGGAUACUAUCUAUCUAUACUGUCUUACUCCCCUUACGGGUAUUAUUGACAGGUAAACAUUAAAGCAUAAUAUACACAUUAAAGUAUAAUUUCCUAGCAUUAAGCACACAUCUGAUUAUGAAAGCCACAGUAUAUAAGAUCUUGUUAACACGUGUGCCUUUGUCAGAGUUUAUUAUAUUAACCAUUCAAGUAUUAUGAUGUUGUAAAUGUUUAGCAAUCCUUUCAUACACAAUGUUUAAAUUGCAGUUCUAUUUAAUAAAAAUUUGUUCUUCGGUUCCAUUUAUUACAAAUGGCACAGUGCAUGUUUAAUAUCUUGCUGGAAUACAUAACAUCUGUAUUGUUCUAUUUAUCAGCUAUGCAAUUUCAAGUACAGUAUAUUCUUGUACAUUAUAUUUGUUGUCAAACACUCACCUGGACCCAUAUAAACCAAUCAAUUAAUUAAUAAAUUCUUCAGAAUAAAGAGAAGACUUUUAACCUGAAAGCAUACAUAGGAGUUUAAUGAUAUACAAUUAUACAGGUUACCAAGGAUGCUUCUGUCAUUAACAUUUAAAACGAAUAAUAUCAUUAUAGGUGUUGAAUGUCAUGUUAGACUGAAAAUAUACAUUUUUAGAAAGCAAAUAUUAUUAGAAUAUUUUGUAUUCUUUCAUUUAAGUGUUAUUGGUUGAUAUAGGUCCAGUGUGAAUUUACUUUUAAAAUCAGGAAAAAUAAUUAAUCGUUUUAACUGCAUUAAUUCUUUGAUCUUGCCAACUAACAUAAUAAUAGUAAUAAUCAAACUGCACUUAAACUUGUUUUAGAAUAUUUUUUCUUUGGUAGGUAAUUUUUAAGACCUUUGUUUUCUUGGUGGCCCUGAUGUUAUGGUGUUUGUUUUUGGCAAUUUAACAAAACUUUCUGCAAUAUUCUUUGUAUUGUUAUAGGUAGUUAUACAAAAUUCAGUAACAAGCGUGAUAACUGUUAAAACUAGUGAUAUACUAUUAUAUACCAUUUGUUGUGAAUAAAAGUGUGUGCGUAAAA